CGUCAAGUACGCAAAUUGUGGAAGCGAGAAGUUGAUAUACAUCUGCACCGUACUGUUUUUGUUAACGCCGCGAUUGGGAAGAUAAAGUCAAUUUUUUUUUUAUAUUAUCGACUGUGAUUGGUCAAUUUCCUUACGAUUAACGACGUACGACUUAUUAUAGAAUCGGCCUAAUCGCUCAAAUCCCUCGACCAUCCUCUUACGAUAUCGUCUGUGAUAUUAUCAUUGUGUAAUUUACUUGAAUUUAUUGACAUAGUAUCAAGAUGAUGAUGGACUAUUUUGUGACAAACAAUUCCUUAGCACCCGCACCGAUGGGAAUACAAAGCACGGCGGGAGCUGUGCCUGUAAAAAAUGACAAAGGGGAAUUGUCUAUGAAAAAGGUAAAAGUACAUCGUUAUGUUUCUGGUAAACGACCAGAUUAUGCUGCGGCAAGCUCAGAUGAAGAGUCGGAAGAGGAGGAUUUUCUCGACAAACGUGUACAUAAGAGUUAUGACGACAACGAAUCCGUCACAGAUAUUACCGCGCACUCGCACACAAGAAUUAGGGACGAGGAUGAUCCGCGUUUGCGGAGAUUAACGCGACAGCAAAAGGAAACACCGACAGAAGUGCGCACAGAGAGACAUAGACACAUUCAUGAGCCUGAAUUCAUCGAAAUUGAAUUGGAUAGAACGCGAGAGAGGAUCAAAUUAGAGAGCUCCGAUUCGUCCGAGGAUGAAGAAUUGUCAGACUCUGAGAUAGAGAAACGACGAGAAGCCCUAAAGCAACGAGUGCUCUCCAAGAAAGAAACGGAGGAAGAAUUGAUACAUGGCGAAGAGGAGGACAGAUCGGGCGAAAGUUCGGAGGAGAGCUCAGAAUACGAGGAAUAUACAGAUUCUGAAGAAGAAACUGGGCCGCGAUUAAAACCUGUAUUUGUUCGUAAAAAAGACAGAAUCACAGUGAUGGAAAAGGAGAAGGAGGCAAUGCGACAGAAGCAAGCAGAAAUUGAGAUUAAGAAACUGGCCGAAGAACGAAAGAGGCAAACUUUGAGGAUGGUGGAGGAGGCGGUGCGGAAAGAGACGCAGAUAGGUAAUAAAGGUAAUGUCGAGCAAGAGAGUAAACUGAACGACGUUUGCACAGAUGAUGAAAAUGACGAAGUAGAAUACGAAGCUUGGAAAUUGCGCGAGCUAAAGAGAAUUAAGCGAGAUCGCGAAGAGAGGGAACAGCUCGAAAAGGAACGUUUGGAGAUCGAGCGUAUUCGUAAUAUGACUGAGGAGGAACGAAGACAAGAGGCUCGAUUGAAGCCAAAAAUGAUAAUUAAUAAAGCGACAAAAGGCAAAUACAAAUUCUUACAAAAAUACUAUCAUCGUGGCGCAUUCUACUUGGAUAAAGAUGAUUCCAUAUUUAAACGCGACUUCUCUGGUGCGACCUUAGAGGACCAUUUCGACAAAACAAUUCUACCAAAAGUCAUGCAAGUAAAGAAUUUUGGACGGAGCGGUAGAACCAAAUACACUCAUUUGGUGGAUCAAGACACCACACAAUUCGAUUCACCUUGGAUAUCAGAGACUGCGCAAAAUCUAAAGUUCCAUAACAAUCAAGCGGCCGGGAUGAAACAAGUCUUUGAUCGACCUUCUUUAAAAAAGAGAAAAACUGAAAAUUGAAUCAUACAAAUACUGUUAAAAAAUACAGUUUUCUUUUUUGUAUAUAUAUAUAUAUAUAUUUUUAUUUUUUUCAUUUUGUUUUCUUAUCAUAACAAUUACAUGGAAACAUUUGUAGAUACAAAUAUGGUAAUAUUAUUAACAAAUAUAAAACUUGGAAAAAACAGCAUAUUGUAAUAAUAGAGUUUGAUCCACAUUUCAUCAAUUCAUAUUACUUUUCAUAUUUUUACAAAUAUAAUACUUUAACUCUAUAUAUUUAACAUACAAAUUUUAUAGUUAAAUGUAAAACUCUAUGGCCUGUAUUCAUAGUCAUUCUUAUAUUUAAGAUCAUUUUAAGUCUUGGAUCUUAAAAUCCCAUUCAACCAAUGAAGGCUGCAUCUAAAGACCAUACUUGAAAUGAUCUUAAAUAUGAGAACAGAUUAUGAGUAUUGGUCUAUAUUUUUCUCUAUUAUUAUAUAGUUAUGCAUAAUUUUUCCAUAACUUUAAUCAGAAUGAAAAAUUCAUAUUUGCAAUUUGUCGGAAAAAAGCGUAUAAAAUAAAUUCUGAUUUGUUACACGAUAUUAAAAGAAAUAAUUGAUUUCUUGAAAAUGUUUUAAAAAAUAUAUAGAAUAUAUUCUUUCAAUAAAAAUUUUAUAUUUAUAAUUUCAUAUGUUAUCAAGUUGAUGCAACAUGUUUAUAUUUAUUUGUUACCAAAUAUUUAAAAUAGAAUAUUAUACAACUUUAACAAAAAAAAAAAAUAGAAUUGAUAUAAAUAGAAUUUUUUUUGUUUUUGAUCUAUGCACUAAAAGUCUAUAUUACAAUCAGAUGGUGAUUGAACUAAUUGAUAAAUAGGAAAAUUUGCAUCAACUUAAUUACUUAACAUAUUAAUUAUAAUCAAGAAGUUCAUGCAGUAAAAAAAGAUAACAUUAUUAUAUAAUAAUAAAAUGCCGAGCGUGAAAAAAGUA